AUGUUUUUAUUUACAGCCUUCCUAGUACUAUGCGCGUUCUCAAUAACGUCGAUCCACACGGAGAAAGUUUUACCAAGAAGCUUUUCAGAUGUGGGCAUAAUAUCGACUUUCCUACAAAAAUUUAUAAAGCCUUUCAUAGACAGCAUACACGGCAAGGGUAAACUACGAAAUGAGGAAGAGUCUAGAGUGGAAAAAGCUAUUAGACUAAAAAUAUCAGACUUGAAACCUUUUCUCCAAGAUAAUGAAGAAAAUGAUAAGAAAUUUGAAGCAGAAAACGAUGAUAUUAAAUUAACUGACAAGAUGAUUGAAACAGAUAAUAACUUAACACUAAAAGGUAGUGAAGAAACCACAAUAAUAGAGUUUGUGCCCAAGAACAGAAGGUCCAAAGAUAACUUAGCUUAUGGGCUUAAGGAAGAGAAACAGGAACUGGAUCCGUUCCAAAAUAGCAUCAAAAAGUAUAAAGCGUUGAGACACGACAUAGAGAAAGCGUUGGACAAAGAAAAUUGUUCUAGUUCAACGAAAGCACUCAUAAAAAGAACAUUGGACGAGAUGAUAGCAAUGCUGAUAGAAAGACAGUGCACGUGGAAGAGUGUGGAUACCACGGACUUACAGAAUCAUAUAUUCAAACAACCAAAGAACAUGCGGAAAUCCAUGAGAUAUUUAGAAAAGUUGUCCAACAAACAGUGGAUGAGUUUACGAAAGCAUUAUUUGAAUUUCCUUAAGAUUAACAGUGACAAGGAGGACUCAUUUAUUAAGCAGUUUCACGAUUUCUUUUCGUCUGUUAUAAAUAAUAACUGGAACCUGGGCAAAUACAAGGUACGAUGUCAACUUGACAAAAUUGAAGAUGAUAAUAGCGAAAAAAAGUUAUACCAAAGACAAAAACCAGUGAAAGACACGAAUUGUGACAAUUUUAGAGUAUGUACCGAUGAAUUGAAAUAUUUUUUCAAGAGUUACUACAAUUAUCUUAACGAAACGACUGUUAGCGCUUUUAAGAACUAUGCAGCCAUGUACAGCAGGGAUGUGAAAUCAGAAAUGGAAAUUGACAAAGAUAUAGUUGAAUCCACACUAGAUACUAUUAGUACCAUUGCCGAAAAGAAAGUUAUCAAGAUAUUCAGGAAGAGACUAGGAAAUUUCACACUGGAUGAGAAAAAAAGCAAGAAAGCCAAUAUAGAUAAUAUUAAGAACUUUAUAAAAUUAACAAAGGAAAAGAUAAACAAUAUGCUGCUCCAAAUUGUGGAUUACGAAUUGAGUGCAAUGAAAACGAAAUUAUUUGAGGACGUCAAGGCUGAUUUGGUUGUUAAUUUAAAAGCGGACUUGGAUAGUGUUGAAACGUUGUUCACGGAUAAAGUGUGCAUGUUUUUCGUGUUAUGUAAUGGUAACAACUUUGCAGGCGCUCCUUCUCCUUCAAGAAGAGAUUACAACUGGGUGUUCAAGUCCAAUGACGUUGGCAAAAUUUACGUUAAAGUACAAUUGUCUUUGGACGAUGAAUUAAAGAAUUCUUUAGUGACAUUUGGGGCCCAAAAGCGGAGGCAAGGUAAAGAUAUGACACAAAGUUCUCUGAGAAGGUUUGAUAAACCAAAGUCAUUCAGAGUAGAGGAAUUUAGGCAGAGUAAUCUAACUGCGACUAGGACUACGAUAAGUUCGACGACAAGGUUGGAAAUGACCGGCAACAAUACACUGGGUCCUAAGCAACUAACAGCUAACACUGCGAGUUUUAAGGCUACUGGAACAUUGACGCCUAAAAACACCCUAAUAACAAUGCCGACAACUAAAAGAAAACAUACCAAACGAAAAAGCUACACAGACAAAUGA